UGUCCUUUUCCAACCUCCAUUGAUGCCCUUGCCAAACCAAGGGCGCUCCGUGCUGUUGCCAUGGAGAAUCCACCGCUUGCCUUCCCUAAGGACACCUCGCUCCUCUCGCUUCACAAGUUCGUGAAAUCGUAUGCAGCCCAGUCUAAAAGAUUGGGCAAGAUGCAAAUGCAGUGUCUUCAUCAAGAGAUGGCAGGGAAUAGUACGCUGCAUACAGAUUAUAAGGGGGGAGAACAGAGGCCAUGGACAAAAUUUGACGCCAGGCUUGUACUUGAAGAUGGUUCUGUAUGGAGAGCAAAGUCUUUUGGUGCAUCAGGAACACAAGUUGGUGAAGUCGUGUUCAAUACAUCUUUAACAGGGUAAUUUGGUCAUUUUUUGAAGGUGCAUUUACACAGCAGUUGCAACCCUACAGCCAAGUUUUGAAUUGUAGAACUACCAACUUAAAUGAGAUCUCUUACAUGUGUCUCCCUCUUUUGUUUAGUGAUAUUAAUUAUUUCUUUCCCAA